UCGUUUAAAUGCAUUAAAUGUGUCUCAUUAUGCCGCGGCUAUGGCAUCAGCAAGUCGAAUCCAAUCCAUCCAAUCCAUCCAAUCCAUCCAAUCCAUCCAAUCCAUCCAAACCAUCGAAACCAUCCAAUUCGCCUGACUCACUCGAAUGGCGAACGGCGAAGAGGCGGGCCUCGGACAUAUGGCAGCAGUGGGCCGCAAAUUGUUGAACAAACAAAACACUUUUUAUGCAUUUUGUGCGCCGAAGGAAGGAGAGUCAUUCUGCACGCUGACAGGCAGGGUGGAAAUUAUAGCGUCCAAAUGAGUAAGUUAAAACCGGAUAUCGCGGUUAGCCGGGACACGAACCCGCGGAUCGUCGUGAGCUGCAGUGGGGACUCCAACCACACUGGGAACAGGACGACAAGGAUCUACUUCCACUGUGGCGGGGAGCUAGAGUUGCGACCUGUAUUGUACUCAGGAGUGCCUACCAAGCUUGUAGCCAACCAAGUCCUGCCUUGUUUGCUCAACGAACACUUCACCUUGCCCUCCAGCCUUGCCAGCGGACAGGCACGCAACGAAAGCGGGCCAAUUAGUUUGCUUGGACACCAGGGGGGGAGAAGGGAGGGAUGGCGGGGCCCCGUCAACUGGCAGCCGGCCAAGGCGCACGCACUGUGGCGUCUCCGUCGCCCCUGGAGCGGGGCAUCAGGUGACGUGGGCGGCUGGGGAGGAGGGGAGGGGUCGGAAUAUAUCGUAGAGAUAUAGCACUAUCGAUAUAGUGCGUCAGAGGCGACGACGA